AUGAAUGAAGAACACUCAUUACUAGACACUUAUGAAAUAUGCUACUCUAUUGGUAAAGGAGCAUCAUCAGAAGUAUUCUAUGCAAAGCACAAAAUCCUUGGUUUGCCUGUUGCAAUCAAAGGAUAUCCAAAAACAACAAUGACAACAUCAAAUCAACGUCAAAUCUUUGAACAUGAAGCAGAAAUUCUCAGAAGUAUCGAAAAUCCGUAUAUUUCAGCACUUUAUGAUGUUUUCAGCGAUGAAAAUAAUUAUUAUGCCGUUAUUGACCUCGCUGAAAAUGGAUCAUUCGAAAGCUUUAUCAACCCAACAAAACCUGUCACAGAAAAUCAUGCAAAAAGAUACUUUGCGCAAUUAAUUUCUGCUUUAUCGUAUCUCCAUAGUGUUCACCAUAUUCUUCAUCGCGAUAUAAAGGCUGACAAUAUACUUCUAGAUCGAUAUUUUAACAUCAAAAUCGUUGAUUUUGGUGUUAGUACCUAUUACGAUCCAAAUAAACCGACAAAGUUACCACCAGUUGGUUCACCAGCAUAUAUGGCACCUGAAGUAAUCCUUCACGAUGUCGUAACCGAGAAAUCAGAUAUCUGGAGUGCCGGCGUCUUUUUAUAUUUCAUCACAGCUGGUAUAAGACCGUUUGAUGCCGAAGACAUACCCGAAAUCUGUUCGAAUAUCGUCCAUGGCGCUGUUACAUUCCCUUCUUAUUUGUCUCCUGAUCUUAGAGAUCUUUUAUCCAAGAUAUUAGUAAAAGAUCCAAAAUCUCGCUGGUCAUUAGAACAGAUUGCAGAACAUCCAUGGCUUAGUGGCCAAAAAAUAACUCUACAUCAUUCCGGCGAAUCUCAAUUUACUAUUGACCAAAUUAUUGUUAAAUGCGUUGCUGAAACAGGUACAGAUAUCACUACUCUCCAAGACGAUUUAAUGGCUGGACGUUUCACAGCUGCGACAACAAUUUACAAAAUUUUGAAGACAAACGUUAGCAAUCCACAAGUACAGAAGUCCAGAGUCAGCAUUGGUACUGCAUCCAAUCUAAAACUGACUACUCUAAGCCAGGUAAAGAUCCAGAAGCCGCAACAAGAAGGAUCUAACCUUCCUGCACUCAAUUCUCCACUUAAGGAGAAGAGAAGAAAUACUUACAUGUCUCUUAAACCUGUGAUGGCAAUGAACAUCCACAAAUCUAAUAUCAUUUGCGUCAGAAAAGGCGUUAACCCUCUACAAUAA